GCCAUGUGGAGGUCGCCAGCCUUUAGUUUCCCCGAGUUGCAAACCCCCGCUGCUCUCACACUAGCAGCCCUGUGCAGCUACACUGGGUCAGGGGAUAGGGAGGGACUUGUCCUGCAUGCGAAGGCAGGCAUGGGCCUGGCAUUGGUCAUGUGCUUGCAUGUAUUCACAGAUGCGUUCUUAGCGCUAACAGUUUCACACGGCUGGUACGUGCAUGGUGUAUGUAUCGCUGUAGGGCCUGGUAAACGCUUUGGUGGCAACGGCGUCGCUAGCACGCAAGCUUCUGGUGCAGUUUAUAUUCGGGAGGCUGACACUCAAUGACGCCCAU